GCUUAGCAUUGUGGGCUGCUGCGCAGACACAAAUGCUUAAUUUGUUCCUCUCCGCCCCAAUGGUGCCCGGAAGGUUGCAUCCGGAGAGGAAGCUAAAGUAGAAGCACACCAGCUUCUUGUGGUUACCUAAUCCUAAUCCCAUGUUAUCUCUAUCUGUCAAAGCUUUGGCCCCCAACUCCCGGGGACGUUAUGUGAAACUGUCACUGACCUGUUUGUUGAUUAGUCGAUGGCGGGACUUGGUGGCCUUCGGUUUGUGGGAGACGCUCUUUCUGAAGCGGUUCCGGGAGUAAUAUCGGCAGUAAGAAGAACUGGUGCCUUGUGCUAAUAUCCGCAAAAUAGACGGCAAGUGUUUAAUUCCGUGGUGGGCGUUACCCGCCGAGUAGUUUUAUCCGUCUAGUGUCGCCGAAUCAUAUCUCCAAGUUGGGUUGCCUCCACGAUAAGUGAGCAAGUAUAAUGGCACGAGUCAACACGGGUUCAAACGCAUCGGUUGGAUACCUCUACACGAGUAGAAGAGUUUAUACAAUAUGUCUUUCAUAUUCUUUACUCCUCAUUUCUCAAUGGCGCCGAAACCGUGUGCAAACCAAAGCCGAUUGAGCUCUAAUAUGUGCAGCAGUUACACGGUAAUCCACAACCACAGGCUUCCACCACGAUAAAAUAAUCUAAAAUAUUCUAGAUAAAUUUCAUUAUGCACACCAACAUCAAUGGCCAACUCACACCAAGCUCAACCUGCCUACCAGCCUGGCUGCCCGCACUAAACCCAAAACAGCAACCCCUCCCCACUACCGCGAUCUCCAAACCUCAAGGCUUUCGCUUCGCCCUCAAACCAGCUUUCCAAAACGUCCAUCCAUCCAACAGCCCCCAAUCACACCGCUCCUCACCACGCGCUCCUGCGCAACAAGAUAUCUCCAACCCUCCUCCAUCCGCGACACACCAACAGCACCGCGCGCCGAGCCCCGCAGACGCAGAAACACACCGCCAGUCCACGUGCUCGCGAAACAAACUCCAACCUCACACAAUGGCCGACAGAGGCUCUCAUAGAGGCGGUCGCGGCGGCGGCGGCGGCAGAGGCGACGGCAACAACUCCCGCGGUGGAAGAGGCGGCCGCGGCGGUGGCCACCAGGGUAACCGUGAGCAGGGCGAGAAGCCCAAGAAGGAAAACAUUCUCGAUCUCGCAAAGUACAUGGACAAGCAAAUCACCGUCAAGUUCAACGGCGGCCGUGAAGUUGUCGGCACGCUCAAGGGCUACGAUGCGCUCAUGAACCUGGUACUCGACGACGUCCAGGAGACCGUCAGAGAUGAGGAUGGCAACGAAUCGAAACGACCGCUUGGCCUCGUCGUCGCCCGUGGCACGCUGCUCGUGCUCAUCAGCCCCAUUGAUGGAAGCGAGGAGAUUGCCAACCCGUUCGUGCAAGCAGAAGACGAGUAAACGAAUCUAAAAUACAAAAAAGAAAAUACAAACUUCACCUCUAGUUGCCAUAGAAUACCGCAUAGAUGCCGUCAUGACAAUAAAAAGCCUUUACAAAUCCCGAUACGUGGUGCUUG